GCUGCUCUGCUCUUUCUGUACGAAGAAGCUUUCUCUCUGCAUUAAUUUCCCUCUACCGCUUGCCAUGCAACUUUACACUUUCCUCUCCAGCUAGGAGUUUGCUAAAUACGCUGAGUCCACUGUAUUGUUUCCCCCAACUAAAACAUGCCAUAUGUCCAGAGAAGCUGGAUUGCAAACUUUUCCUUUUGGGUUCAGUUCCUUCACAUUCCAGUGCUCUGCUAUGGUAGAAAUCCUCCACCGGGCAGAUUUUUCUAUCCAGACAAGAAGCAAGAGCACUUUAUCAAGGCGCUGCAAGAAUACCAUGUGGUUGGACCUACAAAAGUAGAUGCAAGUGGGUGUUUUCUCUCCUACAGUUUGCAGCAUCAUACCUCAAAUGCCAGGAGAAAAAGGGACCUCAGUCAAAAGGAAAACUUUGUAUAUUAUAAAAUUAGCCACAAGGAGAAGAACCUGUUUUUUAACUUGACUGUUAAUGAAGAAUUUCUUUCCAAUAACUAUAUACUGGAAAGGAGAUACGGGAACUACACCGGUGCAAAAGUUGUGCCUCGCUCAGGAACGUCAUGUCACUUCACUGGCACGGUACUGCAUCCAGAUGAUGGGCACGGGACUGCAGUAAUCAGCACUUGUAAUGGCCUGACUGGAUAUUUCCACCUGCCACAUGAGGACUACUUCAUUGAGCCUGUUCAAAAGUAUCCAGUGACAGAAGGAACACCUCACCUACACAUCAUCUACAGAGCACAUGUCCCUCAAAAUGCUGAAAGGCAACGACGGGAGGCCGUACUGAGAAAGGAAGGAGCUUGUGGACUGAACGAUACAUUCAGCUUUUUCAAACACCAAGAGCAUCGGAGGGAAAGGUGGGAAGGAAACCAUGUGGCAGCCAAAACUCUCUCUCGGCGCUCUGUCAGCAAGGAGCGAUGGGUGGAGACACUUGUAGUUGCAGACAGUAAGAUGAUUGAAUACCAUGGAAGUGACAAUGUGGAAUCCUACAUCCUCACUAUAAUGAAUAUGGUCACAGGGUUAUUCCAUGAUCCAAGCAUUGGCAAUGCAAUCCACAUCGUGCUGGUCCGGCUUAUUCUUCUUGAGGAGGAAGAGCAAGGUUUGAAAAUUGUUCAUCAUGCAGAUAAGACAUUAGCCAGCUUCUGUAAAUGGCAGAAGAGCAUCAACCCUAAAAGUGAUGUCAACCCUAUACACCAUGAUGUGGCCGUCCUUAUAACUAGGAAGGACAUUUGUGCUGGCAUGAAUCGUCCCUGUGAAACCUUGGGUUUGUCUCAUCUGUCUGGUAUGUGUCAGCCUCACCGGAGCUGUAAUAUUAAUGAAGAUUCUGGAUUGCCCUUGGCAUUCACUAUUGCACAUGAACUUGGACACAGUUUUGGUAUCCAGCAUGAUGGAAAAGACAAUGACUGUGAGCCUGUUGGAAAGCGUCCGUACAUCAUGUCCCGGCAGCUACAGUAUGACCCUUCUCCACUUACCUGGUCACAGUGCAGCAAGGAAUACAUCACACGUUUCCUAGACCGAGGGUGGGGAUUCUGCCUGGAUGAUAUCCCAAAGAAGAAGGUUUUAAAAUCCCCUCUCAUUGCCCCUGGUGUUAUCUAUGAUGUACAUCAUCAAUGCCAGCUGCAGUAUGGUCCCAAUGCUACUUUCUGUGAAGAGGUGGAUAAUAUCUGCCAGACACUCUGGUGCUCUGUGAAAGGUUCUUGCCGAUCAAAACUAGAUGCUGCUGCAGAUGGAACCAGAUGUGGAGAAAACAAGUGGUGCUUCACCCGUGAGUGUAUUACAGUGGGCAAGAAUCCAGAAGCGAUUAAUGGCGGAUGGGGCACUUGGUCCUCCUGGUCCCAUUGUACAAGGACAUGUGGAGCAGGAGUUCAGAGUUCAGAGAGACAAUGCAGUAACCCAGAGCCACAGUUUGGAGGAAAGUACUGUACGGGAGAAAGGAAACGAUAUCGCAUGUGUAACAUUAGCCCUUGUCAGGGAGGCAUGCCAACCUUUCGUCAGAUGCAAUGCAGUGAGUUUGACACAGUUCCCUACAAGAAUGAAUUCUACCAGUGGAUUCCAAUUUACACCACAGCUAAUCCUUGUGAGCUCCACUGCCGUCCUGUGGAUGGUCAAUUUUCAGAGAAAAUGCUGGAUGCAGUUCUUGAUGGUACUCCUUGCUUUGAAGGAAACAACGACCGAGAUAUCUGUAUUAAUGGCAUGUGUAAGACUGUUGGCUGUGAUUAUGAGAUAAAUUCUAAUGCAACUGAAGAUCAAUGUGGAGUUUGCCUGGGAGAUGGCUCUGCUUGUCAGACGGUGACGAUGAUAUUCAAUCAAAGUGAAGGAGUAGGUUAUGUUGAUAUUGGGCUGAUUCCAAAAGGUGCAAGGGACAUCAGGGUCAUAGAAGUGGCAGAAACAGAAAAUUUCCUUGCAGUGCGGAGUGAGGACCCAGAAAAGUAUUACCUAAAUGGGGGUUUUAUUAUCCAGUGGAGCGGAGAAUACAAAGUAGCAGGAACGGUAUUUUUAUAUACGAGAAAAGGAGAUCUAGAAAAUCUGACUGCAUCCGGACCCACCAAUGAGUCUGUGUGGAUACAGCUACUCUUUCAGGAGAAUAACCCUGGCAUAAAGUAUGAAUACACUAUACGUAAAGAAGGAAGCCAUGAGAAUGAUAUAGGUGAGCCAGAAUUUUUCUGGCAAUAUGGAGACUGGACUGAUUGCAGCGUAACCUGUGGAAGAGGUAUUAGGCGACAGAUUGCCCACUGUGUGAGAAAGGGGAGUGGUGUGAUCAAAAACACGUUCUGUGACCCAGAGAUGCAACCAAAUGGACGACAAAAGAAAUGCAGUGAAAAGGAUUGUCCACCCAGGUGGUGGGCAGGAGAAUGGCAGAAGUGUUCAACCACAUGUGGCCCAUCAGGACAGAAGAAGCGAACUGUCCUUUGCAUCCAAACUGUGGGAUCUGAUGAGCAGGCUUUGGCUGCUACUGAAUGCCAGCAUCUGCUUAAGCCAAAGACUCACCUUUCAUGCAACAGAGAUGUCCUAUGCCCUUCUGACUGGACAGUGAGCAACUGGACUGAGUGCCCUGUUACUUGUGGUGGUGGGGUACGGACUCGUAACAUUACUUGUGCUAAAAACAACGACGAGCCAUGUGAUAUUUCAAAAAGACCAAAUUCUAAGGCCCUGUGUGGACUCCAGCAAUGUCCUGCUAGAAAGUUGAUGAUACCCGCACUAAUACCUGAAAGAGGAAAGAACCUAAUCAGAAAAACAGCUGGUAAUCCCAGAAGAGGCCCACCAGGCAGAAAAACCAUCCCUAAACCACGUCCAAGAGUCCAGGUGACAACAAAAGCACCUGAGACCAGAAGCACACCCACCCUGGCACCUACAUCUGCCAUUCCUGUCAACUCUUCUAAAGCCAUGGACGACAUGGAAAUAAGAAUGUCCCAGAACAAUUCGACCAGAUCAGAUGACGAUUAUAAUCCCCACUCUGUGUUUAAUGGAAGCAGCUCACACCAAAAUAGUACUUUCUGUCCUAUAAGUAAUAGCUCAAAACGUGAAAAUAUAAGGGAUGCCAAAAAUAUCUCUAAUACAAAACCAAGCACUACUUCAGAAGGGAUCAUGGUACCAAGAGGAGUGACCAGUCAUUCCUUCUCAUUUACUGGAAGUCCAGAAGUUACUCCAGGCUACGAUUACUUAACCGAGGAAUCGGAUGAUACUGACUGGUCAGUAGGAGGAAGUGAAAAACCUGCUGCCAUUCCUGACACCAAAAGCAACCCAGCAAUCAAAACUGAGAGCACAAGACCAAAAGCCAACUCUGAUAUAACAAAAAAUGAGAGUCAAACCCCCAAAGUCUCACCAACAUUUAUUCAAUAUGAAUCUUCUACACCAUCUUCUAGCAGCAUAGUAGCAGAAACGAUGGCACCUUUAACAACAGCAAAUCCCCAAAACGUCAGUGUACAGAUAGAUACACCUGUCACAAAUAUGGCCCCCACAGAAGGAUCUGUCACAAUAAAGCCAACAGUGUUUGGUGACAUAUUAAGGAACCAGAAUAAUAAUAGAAUGGAAAUGGAACACACUGACAAGAUAACUUACACUCAGAGCACAAGAUCUCCAAGUCCUGGAGGUGCUCCAAAAAAUCGAAGUAUAAUUUCAGAGGAAAUUUAUCCAGAUACUACAGAACUAGACCAUCCAACAGUGUCCAACAGAUUGGGGAGUGGCAGCUACUGGACUGUGGGGAACUGGAGUGAGUGUUCUACCACCUGCGGUCUGGGGGCUUUUUGGAGACACGUGGAAUGUAGCAGUAAGAAUGAGUCUGACUGUCAACAUGUUAAAAAACCUGACCCUGCAAGAAGAUGUUAUCUCCGCCCAUGUGCUAACUGGAAAACAGGAAACUGGAGUAAGUGCUCUACCAACUGUGGUGGUGGUUUCAGGACCCGUGAUAUUCAGUGCACAGAUGUUCAUGAUAAGCGAGUUCUAAGGCCUUUUCAUUGCCAAUUAGUAGGACAUAAACCACAGCUGAACAUCCGUUGUAAUACAGAGCCCUGUGUGGAGUGGCGUGCAGAGCCCUGGAAUGAGUGUUCAAGAACAUGCGGUGGAGGCUGGCAAGAAAGACAUGUUUACUGCCCAGUUGAGGACCACUGUGACUGGACGAAAAGGCCCAACUCCACUGCACCUUGCAGAGAGCAACCUUGUACACAGUGGGUUAACGGGACGUGGAAUUCAUGCACCGUGUCCUGUGGGGGAGGUAUUCAGCAAAGAGCAGUAAUGUGUGUCAAUACAGAAAACUAUGCUACUGAAGAUGAAAUUAUGUGUGAGCACGAGCCCAAGCCUCCGGAAUCUCAGAAAUGCAGUCUCCUGGAGUGUAGAAAAAGUCCAGGCCUACUUUGCAACAAGGACAACAUGUCAGUUAAUUUCUGCCAAAAACUAAAAGAGAUUGGCAAAUGUUUGAUACCAUCCAUACAGACUCAGUGCUGCUUCACAUGCAGCCAAACCCAAAUUUCUAAUAAAACAAGACAUGGGAAGCAGCAAGAAGACCUGAAAGAACAACACUACACUAAACCUAGAAGAAAAUUGGCUCUAAUCAAAAGAAGAAACAGCCGACCUGUUGGGCACUAGCUGUUUGGAAUGUGAUGCAUUUAAUCAAGGCUUCUGUUUCCAGGUGUUUUCUCUUUUUGAUCCAUCCAGUUCAAAUAGAAAACUGGGAUUAAAAGGAAACGUACAUUUUUGGGCAAUCUAUUCCAAUUUUUCCUUCAAUCUUUCCUUUAUGAGAGUCGCAAAUUAAUCAUGAAUGAUUUAUAAUCCCUGUUUGUUCCUGGAUCAUCCUAUGCAUGCAGGUAUUACAGGUCAGGAACAUGCUUACUGGAAUUUUUUGUCUUUAAAUGAAUGUUAUGUUUUUUGUUUUCCUCCAUUGCCAAAAAAAGAAUGCAAUUCAGUCUCCCAAAGCAGCUUAAAAUAUCAGCUGAUAUUAGUAUGUUCUACAGUUGGGUCCAAGUUCCUCAAAUGCUCAACAAAUAUUACUUAACAGUGCAAAAUGAUCCUCUUUAAUCUAUAACAAAGAUCUCUACCACAUAUUCAACACUCUGAAUCGGUUCUUUCUGUUGGUGUCACUUUGUACUGCCGAAGUGGUGGAAAAAGUUAUUACAGUACUCUCAAAAUCAGCUGAGGCCCUUAGUUUUGUGGGUUUUCUUAAGUAUCUGUUUGAGCCAACAGUGUUUAUUUAAAUUGCUUCUUCACUGUUGUCCCUUUGAAAGGCUGAUAAAAAUACCAUCAUCAUUUUAACACAAUUGGUUAUGAACUUGUAGACUGGAUUUAAUUAUCAAAUUAUAUU